UUUUUUUUUUCCUGGGCUUUCUUUGAAAUGAUAUUUUCCAGUAGGAGGAAUACCAGGAGAGCUAGAGAUACCAGACGAAGAGCUGAAGAGUUUGAGGACGUGAAGGAACAGCUGGAGACUGAUUUUCUUUGGGAAUUUAAUAUAUCUUCAACCUUCAAAAAGCAUAAACGGGUCUUCACUUAAAAAAAGCAUCUGUUUACGGUUUCCUAACAUGGAGCUGAAGUGGGCACUUCUUGUGGGUCUCUUUCUACCGUCAUGCAGUGGUUGUGCCAUUGGAUUGAAAAGGGUUAAAAACAAAUGUGUUGAUGAGGAUGAGUGUGGGAUUUUUCCGAGUGUGUGUGGUGCUCACACUCAGUGUGUAAAUACACGGGGAAGUUACUACUGCAGCUGUGAUGUAGGAUUCAAAGAGAGCUUCCCAUGUGAAGAUAUAAACAAGUGUCCCGAGAAUGAAUUUUCUGGAUCUGGUGAUAGGGAGUUUCAGACCUCGACUGGCUCUGAAGCAGAAUGUGAAGACAUCAAUGAGUGUUCAGAUCCAGAUGUUUGUGGCAGAAAUGCAGACUGCUCCAAUCAUCCAGGCAGCUACAGCUGCAAAUGUCACCACGGUUACAGUAACUAUGGCAACAACCAGUCAAAAUGCUUCGAAAUGGACUGUGAUCAGUUUAAACCUGAGUCUGAUGCAGACCACACACCGGAGAAGCUGAAGCAUUUGUUGUCACUGUUGAAGAACAGCUGUGAGUCUCUGAAUGAUCCACGUGGAGAACAUUUCACUGGAGAGAAAUUAUUGGAGAACUUCUGCAGUUCCACCGAUGAGCUGCUGUCUGAAGGAAACAUUGCUGAUAGUGAGACACUGAAUCAGUUUCUGGACGCGGUGGAGAACAGCAUGCGUCUGAUCGGACCUCAGCUGAAAGAGCCUGUGACCAGGAUGGAGACGCACAAUACCUUCGCUGAGGUUGCAGUCAUGAAGAGUCAGACUCCGCCCAGUGGGCGUGUCACUCUGAGCACAGGCUCCGCCCUCUUCAGCACCAGCUGGGAAACAGUUGUAGGGAAAUCAUAUCCAGGUUUUGCGUUUGCAGCUCUGGUCAGUUAUAAAGAUCUGAACUCAUCCAGAGAUCUGCUUCACAAGAUGAGCAGAGAGAGAUCAGAUGAUGAAGAGAGACGCGUCACUUAACAACUCAACUCUAAAGUGGUGACGGCCGUCGUCAGUAAUGCAGAAACCAAGCAGCUGUCAGAGCCGGUGACGCUCGUCUUUACACACGAGGAGGAGAGGGCGGAGUCUGAGGGCGUGGUUUACUCAUGUGUGUACUGGAAUGAGGCUGAGGGGGCGUGGUCUGAGAAGGGCUGUGAGGGGACAUGGUCUAACAGCACUCAUACAGUGUGUUACUGGUCUCAUUUCAGUAGUUUCGCUGUGCUCAUGGCUCUCUAUUCUGUCCAGAACGCAUUUGAGUCGGUGUUGAUCACGCGUGUGGGUUUAGUUUUGUCUCUGGUCUGUUUGUUUCUCUGUAUCCUGACGUUCAAGUUCUGCCGCUCCAUCCAAGGAACCCGAAACAGCAUUCAUCUUCAUCUGAGCAUCUGUCUCUUUAACGCAGACCUCAUCUUCCUCUGCGGGAUUUCCAGUACUCACAAUGAGGUAGCGUGUGGGAUUGUGGCCGGUCUGCUUCAUUUCUUCUUCUUGUCUGCGUUCUGCUGGAUGCUGCUGGAGGGGGUUCAGCUCUACCGGAUGGUUGUGCUGGUGUUUCACACCACAUUAAAACAUCUCUACAUGUGUGUGGUGGGAUAUGGAGUCCCUCUCGUCAUCGUCACCAUUUCUGCCAUCGCCUUCCCAAAGGGAUACGGCACUAAACGACACGCACCGGUCUGCGUCAUUGUCAACCUCAACUUUAGUUUCUUCAUACCCGUCUGCAUCGUCAUGAUCCUCAAUUGUUUUUUCUUCAUCAUCACUGUGUGGAAACUGGCUAAAAAGUUCUCCAGUCUCAAUCCAGAUCUCUCCAAACUCAACCAGAUCAGGAGUUUCACGGUGACUGCUGUGGCUCAGUUGUGUGUUCUUGGAGGAACGUGGAUCUUCGGCUUCUUCCUCUUCCAGGAGGAAGGGACUGAAGUCAUGUUGUACCUCUUCAUUAUCCUCAACACUCUCCAGGGGGCGCUCAUCUUCAUCAUGCACUGCCUGCUGUCCAAACAGGUCAGGACGGAGUAUUACAAUCUGUUUGUCCGAAUGUGUCCACACAAGAAGAAACCCGAACACAGAACCAGUACCAGCCAGACCAGCAGCAGUCAGAAACCUCUGCGGAGCGACGAAAGCACAGCAGAGUCACAGAUGUAAAGCACUUGUCAUGUGCUGAUGGAUUUUGUCCAAACUCUUCAGCACAAGACACAUGAAGAUUUUCUGUGUCAAAUGAAGGCUUUUCACAAGCUUUAAUUCAACAUCAUCUGAUGAAUACUGCAGAUGCUUGUUCAUCACACGGGAUAUGCAUCACCUGUUACUGAAGACGGAGAUAUAUAAAGACCAUAUAUAGGCCAGUAGAGAAGGCUUUGCUGGCUCUGAUGGCCCACCGCUGUUUUAUAAUGAUAACUGUUGUAUUGUGUUGAGAGAGAGCAUAGUUUGAUUAUGCCAUUUAAUGAAGUCGUUCUUUAGAAGCGAUGUCAAAACAUCCUUAUUUUUUAGCUCAUGAGUAUUUCUAACCUGUGUUUUUUCUCUUGUUUCUGCCUUCAUUAUACAGGAAUGUAAUGACUGUAACAACCAGAAGUGAUAUGUCUGUUUAAAUUUCAUUACAUUAGUAAAGAUUACUUUUUAUAUGCAAUUUUCUAUAUGCAAACCAAAAUUAAUUCAUUUUCAUGAGGGAAAAGGGAA